AUGGAAGAGCCCCACAAGGGAAAGGACAAUCAGAAGCACGAGGCGGAAGAGAAGGCUAGGGAAGAAGUCCGGUACCGGGGAGUCCGGCGGAGGCCGUGGGGGAAGUUUGCGGCCGAGAUUCGAGACCCGUCCAGGCAUGGUGCUCGUCUGUGGCUUGGGACGUUCGAUACAGCUGAAGACGCAGCAAGGGCAUAUGAUCGCGCUGCAUUUAACCUAAGGGGUCACCUUGCAAUUCUUAACUUCCCUAAUGAGUAUUAUCCACAAGUCAUGGGCUCUCCUCCUCAUCCUCCUCAAUUUUCAUCAUUUUCAAGGUCUACUACUUCUUCUUCAGCUCCUGGUGGAAGUUCCGAAAGGGGAUCAAGUUCAUCUUCUGGACAAGAAAGGCAAGUUUUCGAGUUUGAGUACUUGGAUGACAAGGUGCUGGAGGACCUUCUUGAAUCAGAAGAGGAGAAGAGGAAGCGAACGCAAGGUUGAGGAGAAGAUUCCUUGCAGGCCAAAGUCUAUUACAGAUUAUUUUAAAAGA